AUGGGGAAGAGAACGCGGCGAGGGAAAAGGAAAAUCACCUCGCUGAACGAGCUGUACGAACUGGAGUAUGUAAAAAAAGAAAAAAAAAAAAAAUUGAAACAACUCAGCUCAUUUAAAGUUAAGAAGAAUGACGAACCCGGUAUAGAAGCAAACCAAGAAAGAGACACAAAGGGCAAACAAAUUAACCCCUUGAUUCUUGAGGAGUACAAAAAAUUGAAGGAACUCGAAGAAGGACCGACUCGACAAAAGGGAAAAGAAACAGAUGGAAAGGAAAAGAAAAAUAAAUCAGCCUAUGCAACCUUUUUGCAAAUUUUAAAAAAAAAAGAACAGCAGGAAAGAGGAACCAAGGGAGACACGAGUGAUCAUGUUAAGAAAAAAAAAAAACAUUUAAAGGCCCGACCCGCUUUAGCAGAUACUUGCGAAGGGUCCUCCUCCGAUGAAGAAGCAAACCGGGAAAACUCUCCUAAUAAGGAGGAAGCCAAAGAAGGCACCCCAAACCUUCAGAACAAAGAGUCCAAAAUUAAUGUGCCAAAAAAUGUAGAUGACUUGUACAUGUCUUUUCUAAUAAGAAGUGUAAAAAGUCAGAGGAGCCAACAGAUCGGCAGAAGGAGCUCCCCUCCAAAAUGGAACAGUUGCCAAGGUAGGGAAAAAGCAACUGAGGGGAUGAGCCCAACGGAUGAUUGCUCUAUGAACAGGAGCGAAACACACAGCGAAGAAGCUCCGGAAGGAACCCAGUCACACCCCAAUUAUUGUUACACAUAUAAACCAAAAUGCAUUUUUAAAAAUUACAUGAACGAGUCAUACAAGUUACAUGAAGACAAAAUGGAUUACUUCUUUACCUUUUGCCAAAACGUGGACGAAAAUUUUCUGCAGAAAUUCUGCUCAAAAAGAGGAAGCAAAGUGGGGAGAGCCGAUGGCGCAGAGCGAUGCAAAAAAAGUGAAACCAUCGAGGAGGCCUACGUGACGUCCAACUUGUUUUUGGAGUCGAACAUUUUUAGUGGUUCCAGGGCUGAGCGGCAUACCGGGGAGCGCUCGGAGGAGCCUACUAACGAUGGCACUGUCAAGCACAGCGACAAGCACGUGGAUCCCGAGGGCGAACUGUUUUGCGAUGUCCAAGUCAAACCGCAUUUUUUCUCCACCUACCGGGAGAAAAAUCACGUGUCGUAUUACCUGUUAAACAUCCUGGACACAACCCCAAAGUGUUUUCUGCACAAAGACAAUCCCUACAACGUGUACGAACCCGUAGUUCAGCGCGCGCAGAAUUACCUCUCCGCCUUUGAGCACCCCUUAGCGUACUUCAACAAGGCUAUUUACAAAUACCUGAGGGAGUACUAUGGAGAUUGCCCCGAUCACGUGAGCGCUCACCAAAAUGGGAAACAUGACAAUAAUGAAGGAGAGGACAACAGUAUUAUGGAAAAGGACAAAGGAAAAACACUAGACGUGGUGAAUCUCAUGCAGCACGAAGAAUUGAAGAGCUACUUCCACUAUAUCAACUCGUAUGUCGAUGUCUUGUACUCAAACCAACACGUCAUUAACAGCCAUUUUGUGAGACUCCUAAAUUGUGUCCACCUCCUGACCCACUUAAAAAAAAGGAGGAAGAGAAAAAAAUACAUAAAAAAAAAAAUAGAAAAAUUGGAAAAGGAACAACAGGUGGAAAAAGAAGACGUACAAGUGAAGGAAGAACUCUGUGAUGAAAGUUUCGCAAGGCCAAAAAUUCUAAUCCUCUGUGGAUUUAGGCACAUGGCAAAGGAGUACACCGAUUUAAUCAUACACAUGUUAACACCCACAGAGGUGAAAAAUAAAAACAGAUUUAUUAACGAAUAUGAUAUAACUGAUGAAGAAAAAAAAUGCAUCCGAGAUGUCUUCCUAAAGAAGAGAAAAACCAUGGAUUAUAUAAAUUUGUACAGAGGAAACAACGACGACUGUUUCAGGCUUGGAAUUAAGCUGCUCGACGAUGAGAAAAAAAUACAACUGUAUAGCCCAUUCUAUGACAGUGACAUUUUAAUAACCUCCCCGCUUGGAUUGGAAAUCAUGAUUAAGGAGCGUCAUGGAGAUGCCGAAGAAAAAAUCGGGAUGGCAAGUGAAGACUCCUCCGAGGGAGACGCAUGGGGGUAUGAGGAAAAAGGUACAUCACAAAAGGGGAAGGGGAAAAACCGAAACAAGCAAGGCAAUGCGAAAAAAAAAAAAAAUGACAAAAAAAAAAAAAAACUUUACGAAUACGACUUUCUCUCUUCUAUCGAAAUUUUAAUCAUCGACCAAGCAGAUAUCAUUUUAAUGCAAAACAUUUUGACGUUAAAGAAUGUGCUAAAUUUUGUGAACAAACCUUUGCUCAGAUGGGGAAGUGCUAACAUAAAUCGAAUCGCCAAGUAUGUCAUAAACGGCUACAUGAAGAACUACAGACAAACCAUAAUUACCUCCAACAUUUUGGACACAACGUUCAUUUCGCUAAUUCAGUCGGCGACAAAUUACAGAGGCUUCCUAAAACUGUUCAUGAAAGGGGCAGACACGGAGGGGGAUAGGGAACAUGGCCAACUGGGCGAUGAUAAUGAUGGGCGACGCAAUGAUGGGGGAAGUGGAAAACUGCCCACCGUGGAUGAUCCCAGUCUCUCCUGCAAAACGAUCUUGCUAAGCGUAAGAAACCACUUCCACACAAAUCAGUAUUUCAAAAAAAUUGAGUGCACACACAUUCUCCAAAUAGAGGAAAACAUCAUACAGUUUUUCGCCACAAACGUAAUUGACAUACUCACAAAUAUUAAGCAGCUCCUCAUUUUUUUACCCACAUAUAUUGAAUACCUUCGCAUACACGAAAUUUUAAAAAAAAAUGACAUUUCUUUUAAAGGGGUGAAUGAAUAUACAAAUGAAAAAAAAAUUGCAAAAAUUCAAAAGCUUUUUAAACAUGGAAGAAUAAACAUCUUACUGGUUACUGGUCGUUUGGUUUUUUACGAGAGAUGUACCUUCAGGGGGGCCAACCACGUCAUUUUUUUUUCUCCCCCCAAAUUUAUUUUUAUGUACUAUGAAAUGAUUAAAAAUUUAGUCCCGUCCUCAAAUUCGUCCUCCAUUUGUUAUUAUACAAAAUAUCAUACAUACGAGUUGGAACGUAUCGUGGGGCAAAAACUGGCCAUGCAGUUGAUGCGGGAGAAGCCCGGAAAAAUUACUCUCUUUAAGUGA